CACACUUCCGGUUCCAACUUUAACUUACUUCAGGAAAUGUUUAUUUUUGUUUUAUUAAGUUUGCAUAAAACAACGAUACUGUAAAUAAGAUGGAAACAUGUAAUAUCGUUCAAGUCAUUCGAUGUUAUCUUGUAAUUUUGUAUUUAAACAAAUGACAAUUGUGUUCAACGUGAUAGAAGUUUUAGACCGACAAGGUCUGAACUGUCACUAACUGUUAGGUAGUGCAUUCAAUGAUCAGAUCAGAAGAGAGGUCUUUUCGUUCUUCAUGAAUAGGUAAAGCGAAGUAAACGACAGUUACAUCAAAUGCUGUAAGCAAUUAUAUUUGCUGUAUCAUUCUACAUAACACAAAAUGGCGUCGGAAACUAAAAAAGGUGCUGUCAUACCAAAACCAAAGAUAUUUAGACUUUAUAUGUGCACCUGGAACGUGGGUACCACUGACCCUCCUGGUGAUAUGACAGAACUCUUGGGGCUGGAUAAACCUUAUAAAUUGCUGCCUGACAUGUACGGCAUAGGUUUACAGGAAGUGAGCACAGCUGAUGCAGAUACAGAAGACAACAAGUGGACUAAAGCAUUAACACACAUUCUCAGGAAGGCAGGAUUUGUCCGGAUAAAAGUUGUAAGAAUGCAGGGCUUGUUAUCGCUAGCCUUUGUGAAGAGAGAAAACCUGUUGAGCUAUGAACACAUCGAAUCCGAGAGGUCCAAGGCUGGUAUGGGUGGCUGGUGGGGCAACAAAGGAGGUGUGAGCAUCAGGUUCGAUGUGAAUGGCGUCAACCUCAUUAUGGUCAAUUCCCACUUGGCAGCUCAUAUGGACAAUGCUGUGGAGCGGAUCGAGGAUUUCUUCACCAUCCUAGACACACAGAAGUUCCGGGACAAGGACGUUGAUAAUAUACUAGACCAUGACUAUGUAUUUUGGAUGGGAGAUCUGAAUUUCCGUUUGGAUGGCCUGAGCAGAUCAGAGGUUGAAAAAGAAAUAGCAGCUAAGAAUUACAGUGCCUUACUUAAGAACGACCAGCUAUUGAAAUGUAAAGAAGAAGGAAUGAUAUUCACUGACUUUGAAGAGGGACCAAUCACAUUUGCACCUACCUACAAGUUUGACCCUGACACGGACAUAUACGACACCAGUGAUAAACAGCGAGUACCGGCCUGGUGUGAUCGUGUCCUAUGGAUGGUUCAUGAAGAUUCCUUUCAGAACCUUGAUCUCAGUGUAAAACAGCUGUACUACAAAUCUCUACCUUCUUAUACCAUCAGUGACCACAAACCUGUCGUCACAGAGUUUCAAUUCCCGGUGUUUCCACAUCCUCCAAACCUACCUGUGGUGACCAUUCAGGUUCCGUCCAGCUGGAGACUGGAUAAGGAUAUGGAAGUCAUGUACUCCUACAGGACCAACCCGGACAUGUCCUCGUCUUCCUGGGACUGGCUAGGCCUCUACAAGAAUGACUUCUCAACUCUAAAUGACUACCUCAGUUACAAGUACGCACAAAGUAAUAUAGAGGGGCUGGACAAACCAAACAUUGUAGUGACCUGGAAGGGGAAAGACCUGCCAAAAACUCCGGGAAAGUAUGUGCUGUGUUACGUCAGCAAGGUCAAGGACACUCUGAUGGGGAUGAGCAGUGAGUUUGAGAUUGUGCCGUGAGAGAUGACCUAGAUCUGAUGAUUACCAAGUGCCUACUCAACAUGUCCUACAGUCAGACGCCGAGAACAGGACUUUUGUACUAGAGAGACACACACUGGUUACGGUGAAAUAUGAUGUUUUAUAUUUAAUUCUGUUAUUACUUAUAAAUUGAUCCUCAAGCAUACCUCACAUAAACAUCGGUAAUGUAAAUCAGCUGUGUGUCCAGUCUGGAGGGCCUUUUGGUCUGUUUUGAGAACUAAACUGGAAGAUUUUGAAACUAAAAAUGAACCAUAUUGAAAGGCACUUACAAAUGUAUUUAACAAUUUUAAACAAAACAAAUACAUGUAUGUUUGGGAUAAGAAAACACAAAUUGAUGGUUAUAUCAAAAAAGAAAAUGUCUUACAGCUAUUUUUUGGUUCUUGAAUUUUGUGAUAUUUCAUUUGGGCAUCUUAAUUUUGCUAUUGACAAGAUAUUGAUAUCUUACUUUUAAAUCAAGUGCUUGGCAUUCAAAAUUUUGUCAGUAUCUAAAAUAUAUCUUACAGAUCAUGUAUUAUGAUGCUAUUUUUAUUAACUCCCUCGAAUAGCUUCAUCACAGAAGAUGUACUUUCUAAUUAAAAGACAUUUCGAAACUGUCUGUUGACCAAGGACUGACCAUUCAGGGUUCCGAACUCUCUGAAAGAUUAGAUUCUGUUCAACAAUUUUUUUAGAUCAAUAACCACUGGGCUAGGUCUAAUUUGAAGAUUGAAUUUUUAUCCUCAGUUUUGUUUUAUUUGUUUGAGAUAUUUUACAUAUCGAAAUUUGAAUCAUGUUAAGAUACUGGUCAGACAGACAACUACAGAAGAGAAUUAUGUAGAUACUGGUCAGACAGACAACUACAGAAGAGAAUUAUGUAGAUACUGGUCAGACUACAGAAGAGAAUUAUGUAGAUACUGGUCAGACAGACGACUACAGAAGAGAAUUAUGUAGAUACUGGUCAGACAGACGACUACAGAAGAGAAUUAUGUAGAUACUGGUCAGACAGAUAACUACAGAAGAGAAUUAUGUAGAUACUGGUCAGACAGACGACUACAGAAGAGAAUUAUGUAGAUACUGGUCAGACUACAGAAGAGAAUUAUGUAGAUACUGGUCAGACUACAGAAGAGAAUUAUGUAGAUACUGGUCAGACUACAGAAGAGAAUUAUGUAGAUACUAGUCAGACAGAUGACUACAGAAGAGAAUUAUGUAGAUACUGGUCAGACAGACGACUACAGAAGAGAAUUAUGUAGAUGCUGGUCAGACUACAGAAGAGAAUUAUGUAGAUACUGGUCAGACAGACGACUACAGAAGAGAAUUAUGUAGAUACUGGUCAGACAGACGACUACAGAAGAGAAUUAUGUAGAUACUGGUCAGACAGACGACUACAGAAGAGAAUUAUGUAGAUACUGGUCAGACUACAGAAGAGAAUUAUGUAGAUACUGGUCAGACAGACGACUACAGAAGAGAAUUAUGUAGAUGCUGGUCAGACUACAGAAGAGAAUUAUGUAGAUACUGGUCAGACAGACGACUACAGAAGAGAAUUAUGUAGAUACUGGUCAGACAGACGACUACAGAAGAGAAUUAUGUAGAUACUGGUCAGACAGACGACUACAGAAGAGAAUUAUGUAGAUACUGGUCAGACAGACAACUACAGAAGAGAAUUAUGUAGAUACUGGUCAGACAGACGACUACAGAAGAGAAUUAUGUAGAUACUGGUCAGACAGACAAC